AUGAAUAUAAAUGAUGGAGGAAGACGACGCUUUGAGGAUAAUGAACAUACGUUACAUAUAUAUCCUGGGACAAUUUCAGAAGGGACUAUCUACUGUCCAAUUCCUGCCAGAAAAAACUCCACAGCUGCUGAGGUGAUUGACUCUCUUAUAAACAGACUUCAUCUUGACAAAACAAAAUGUUAUGUUCUUGCAGAAGUAAAGGAAUUUGGUGGAGAAGAAUGGAUACUCAAUCCAACAGACUGUCCAGUUCAGCGAAUGAUGUUGUGGCCCCGAAUGGCUCUAGAAAAUCGCCUGAGUGGAGAGGACUAUCGCUUUCUUCUGAGAGAAAAAAACCUUGAUGGAUCAAUCCAUUAUGGUAGUCUGCAGUCAUGGCUACGGGUAACAGAAGAACGUCGUAGGAUGAUGGAGCGGGGUUUUCUUCCACAGCCUCAACAAAAAGACUUUGAUGAUUUAUGUAGCUUACCUGAUUUGAAUGAGAAAACUCUCUUAGAAAACCUACGAAAUCGCUUUAAGCAUGAAAAAAUUUAUACCUAUGUUGGCAGUAUUCUAAUAGUUAUUAACCCAUUCAAGUUUCUUCCUAUUUAUAAUCCCAAAUAUGUCAAAAUGUAUGAUAACCACCAAUUGGGAAAAUUGGAGCCCCACAUUUAUGCUGUGGCUGAUGUAGCUUAUCAUGCCAUGCUUCAGCGCAAAAAGAAUCAGUGCAUUGUGAUUUCAGGAGAGAGUGGUUCUGGGAAGACUCAAAGCACAAACUUUCUUAUACACCACCUUACUGCACUCAGUCAGAAAGGAUUUGCCAGUGGAGUGGAACAAAUUAUUCUUGGAGCUGGACCAGUACUUGAGGCCUUUGGAAAUGCAAAGACAGCUCAUAAUAACAAUUCAAGUCGUUUUGGCAAGUUUAUUCAAGUAAAUUACCAAGAAACUGGCACUGUACUUGGUGCCUAUGUUGAAAAAUAUCUACUGGAGAAGUCCAGACUCGUUUAUCAAGAGCAUAAUGAACGGAACUAUCAUGUAUUUUAUUACCUCCUGGCAGGAGCAAAUGAAGAAGAAAGAUUAGCAUUCCAUCUUAAACGACCGGAAGAGUAUCAUUAUCUAAAUCAGAUAACAAAGAAACCCCUCAGACAGAGCUGGGAUGAUUAUUGCUAUGACUCUGAGCCGGAUUGCUUCUCCGUAGAGGGGGAAGAUUUGAGGCAUGACUUUGAACGCUUACAACUGGCCAUGGAAAUGGUAGGAUUUCUUCCCAAGACACGAAGACAGAUUUUCUCUCUUCUCUCAGCAAUACUACAUUUGGGUAAUAUCUGUUAUAAAAAGAAGACAUAUCGGGAUGACUCCAUAGAUAUCUGUAAUCCUGAAGUUCUGCCUAUUGUCUCAGAAUUAUUAGAAGUUAAAGAAGAGAUGCUAUUUGAAGCAUUAGUUACAAGGAAGACUGUGACAGUGGGAGAAAAACUUAUUUUGCCAUACAAGCUGGCAGAGGCUGUGACAGUGAGGAACUCCAUGGCUAAGUCUUUAUAUAGUGCCCUGUUUGACUGGAUAGUUUUUCGGAUUAAUCAUGCACUUCUGAAUAGUAAAGAUUUGGAGCAAAAUACGAAGACUUUGUCCAUUGGUGUUCUUGAUAUUUUUGGGUUUGAAGAUUAUGAAAAUAAUAGCUUUGAACAGUUCUGUAUUAAUUUUGCUAAUGAACGUUUACAACACUACUUCAAUCAGCAUAUCUUUAAAUUGGAGCAAGAGGAGUAUAGAACUGAAGGUAUCAGCUGGCACAAUAUAGAUUAUAUUGAUAAUACCUGUUGCAUCAAUCUUAUUAGCAAGAAACCAACAGGACUACUCCAUCUUUUGGAUGAAGAAAGCAACUUUCCACAGGCUACAAAUCAAACAUUGCUAGAUAAAUUUAAGCAUCAACAUGAAGAGAAUUCUUACAUUGAAUUUCCAGCUGUGAUGGAGCCUGCUUUCAUUAUAAAGCAUUAUGCCGGGAAAGUAAAAUAUGGGGUAAAGGAUUUCCGGGAAAAAAAUACAGAUCAUAUGCGCCCUGACAUUGUAGCUCUUCUAAGAAGUAGCAAGAAUGCAUUUAUCUCUGGGAUGAUUGGAAUUGAUCCUGUAGCGGUUUUCCGAUGGGCAGUUCUCAGAGCUUUUUUCAGAGCCAUGGUUGCUUUCAGGGAAGCUGGGAAAAGACACGUUCAGAGAAAAACUGGACAUGAUGAUACAGCGCCAUGUGCAAUUUUGAAAAGUAUGGAUAGUUUUAGCUUUCUCCAACACCCAGUCCACCAGAGGAGCUUAGAGAUUCUGCAGAGGUGCAAGGAAGAGAAGUACAGUAUAACCCGGAAAAAUCCCAGAACACCUCUUUCUGAUCUCCAGGGCAUGAAUACUCUAAAUGAAAAAAAUCAACAUGAUACAUUUGAUAUUGCCUGGAAUGGCAGAACUGGGAUUCGCCAGAGCAGACUGUCAAGUAGCACCUCCUUGCUUGAUAAAGAUGGGAUAUUUGCUAAUUCAGCUAGCAGCAAACUCUUGGAAAGAGCGCAUGGAAUUCUCACGAGAAGCAAAAACUUCAAACCCAAGCCUGGACUUCCAAAGCACUUGCUAGAGGUAAAUUCUUUAAAGCACCUGACAAGACUGACACUACAGGAUCGCAUUACCAAGUCUCUUCUUCAUUUGCACAAGAAGAAAAAGCCUCCCAGCAUCAGUGCCCAGUUUCAGGCCUCAUUAAGCAAACUGAUGGAGACACUUGGUCAAGCAGAACCAUAUUUUGUGAAAUGCAUUCGCUCUAACGCUGAAAAGCUGCCAUUAAGGUUCAACGAUGCUUUGGUACUUCGACAGCUUCGGUACACUGGGAUGCUAGAGACAGUUCGAAUUCGCCAAUCUGGAUACAGCUGCAAAUAUUCUUUCCAGGAUUUUGUGAGCCACUUCCAUGUACUUCUUCCCCGAAAUAUUAUUCCAUCCAAAUUUAACAUUCAGGAUUUCUUCAGGAAAAUAAAUCUUAAUUCAGAUAACUAUCAAGUUGGAAAAUCCAUGGUGUUCCUAAAGGAGCAGGAACGACAGCACCUACAAGAUCUGCUUCACCAAGAGGUGCUGCGCAGAAUCAUAUUGUUGCAGCGAUGGUUCAGGGUCCUGCUGUGUAGGCAGCAUUUCCUCCACCUGAGACAGGCAUGCAUCAUUAUCCAGCGAUUCUGGAGGAAUUAUCUAAAUCAGAAGCAAGCCAGAAAUGUAGCUGUGCAGAAGGAUGCUUUAGUCUUGGCUAGUGCAGCCACGCUUCUCCAGUCUUCCUGGCGUGCUCAUGUGGAGAGGCAGCGGUAUUUGGAGCUCCGGACUGCAGCCAUCAUCAUCCAGCAGAGAUGGAAGGAAUGCUAUAGGCAGAGGCACAUGGCUGCUGUCUGUAUUCAGGCAAGAUGGAAAGGCUACAGGGAAAGUAAGAGGUAUCAAGAACAAAGGAGCAAAAUUAUCCUUUUGCAAUCAAUAUGUAGAGGAUUCAGAGCAAGACAAAGAUUUAAAGUUUUAAAAGAACAAAGACUGAAAGAAACAAAACUAGAAUUUGGAUUGGCAGAUCCUGAGCCAUAUGGAGCUCUGGAAAUUCAGGGCUCAGACCCUUCAGAAUGGGAGGAUUGUUCCUUUGACAACAGAGUGAAAGCUAUAGAGGAAUGUAAAUCUGUGAUAGAGAGUAAUCGAAUUAGCCAGGAGAGUUCAAUGGACUGCUUGAAAGAGUCCCCAAACAAGCAACAGGAGAGAGCCAGAAGCCAAAGUGGUGUGGACUUGCAGGAAGAAGUGAUUGUAAGAGAGAGACCUAAGUCCUUAGAGGAUCUCCACCAGAAAAAAGUAGGUCGGGCCAAAAGAGAAAGCCGGAGAAUGAGAGAACUAGAGCAAGCUAUAUUCAGUUUAGAAUUACUAAAAGUUCGUUCUCUUGGUGGCAUGUCUCCUUCAGAGGAACGUAGAUGGUCUACAGAACUGAUGCCUGAAGGUCUUCAGUCUCUACAGGGUACACCUGACAGUGAAAGCUCUCAAGGAAGUUUGGAACAUCUGAGCUGUGAGGAAAGCCAGAAGAGCAAACUUGAGUCCAUAAUAUUAGAUGAAGGAGACUUGCAGAGUCUGUCACCUAAAAUAUCUAGCAGUCCAAAAUUUGAUUCACAGGACAAUGCCCUCAGUUCCUCAAGUGAGACUAACUAUACCAUGAUUGAAAAGGGAACACCCUCUGACUCAGUGCAUUUGAAGAAUGGGACUGUGAAGGAAAAAUUGGUUUGCAGUUCUGAAUCUAUUACCUGUAAGCCACAGCUGAGAGACCCCUUUAUUUCAAAUAGUCUGCCUACAUUUUUUUAUAUUCCUCAACAAGAUCCACUGAAAACAAGUUCCCAACUAGACACAGGUAUCCAGAGAAACAAGCUAUUAGAAAGUGAAGAAGCACUUUCAGCUCUUACUUUGGAUAUCAACAGGGAAGCCAGAAAGUACCACUCCUCCGGAGAAAAUCAAGUUGUCAUGUCUUUGAAUACAGAUUCUUCUAAUACUGUGCUGAAGAAGUUAGAAAAGCUAAACACUGAGAAGGAAGAAAGGCAAAAGCAUUUGCAGCAGCAGAAUGAAAAAGAGAUGAUGGAACAGAUUCGUCAGCAAACAGAUAUUUUAGAGAAGGAGCGUAAAGCCUUCAAGACCAUUGAAAAGCCACGAACUGGAGAGUUGUUCCUGGCACCAUCUUUCCAUCCAUCAAAACAAAGAGUAGAGAGGCCGUCCUCUCUCCUCAUUCUGAAUACUCCAAAUAAGGAAGAACCCAAUGUACUAGGGCCUCCAUUAGUAACUGUAAAAGAUGCAGUUCUUCCAAAAGACAGCGCUUCUGCUCACCUGUCCCAGAAGGACCGACCUGUCACCUUAUUCUUUGAAAGAAAAGGAGGCCCAUACCAAUCUGCUACUACCAAGGAAUUAUCCAAAACAGACAGAAUGUGUACCCAAAUGAAUGUAGCCUGUAAACUUUCUAAUAAUCGUGUUUCCAAAAGAGAGCAUCAUAGGCCAGCUCAGUCUUACAUCCACAAAUCUGAUGGCCCUUCCAGAGAUGGAACUACUAGGGUCAUUUUCUUCACACCAAAGGACAAUAUGAGUAUUUCCCUUGUCAACAAGGAAGCCUUAAACAGUGGAAAUCCUCUACUCCAUAAACAAGAUGAGCCAAAUUGGAAACCUGUGAAAUUAACUGGGCUGGGCCAAGGAGAGACAUCACAGCGAUUUUCUUCAGUUGAUGAAGAAACAAAGCUUCAUAAGACUAUGUCUCAAGGAGAGAUUACAAAAUUGGCAGUGAGGCAGAAGGCUUCAGAUUCGGAUAUAAGACCUCAGAGAGCUAAGAUGAGAUUCUGGGCCAAAGGGAGACAAGGGGAGAAGAAGACUACCCGAGUGAAACCUGCCACCCAACCAGAGGUGUCAGCAUUCUUUGCUGGCUCAGAUAUGAUUCCAGCUCAUCAGUUUCCAGAUGAAUUAGUUCAGUAUCAUUCGACACCUCCUUUGAGCCCAGACUUGCCUGGUAGUUGCCGGAAGGAGUUCAAAGAGAACAAAGAACCUUCUCCAAAGGCAAAGCGGAAGCGAAGUGUGAAGAUCAGCAAUGUGGCUUUGGAAUCUGUGCACUGGCAAAAUGACUCUGUCCAGAUCAUAGCAAGUGUCAGUGAUUUAAAAAGUAUGGAUGAAUUUCUUCUGAAAAAGAUGAAUGACCUAGAUAAUGAAGACAGCAAGAAAGACACAUUAGUGGAUGUUGUAUUUAAAAAAGCCCUAAAAGAAUUUCGGCAGAAUAUCUUCAGCUUUUAUUCAUCUGCCUUGGCGGUAGAUGAUGGGAAAAGCAUACGGUAUAAAGACCUCUACGCACUAUUUGAACAGAUUCUGGAAAAGACCAUGAGACUUGAGCAGCGUGAUUGGAGGGAAUCUCCAGUCAGAGUUUGGGUUAACACUUUUAAAGUGUUUUUAGAUGAAUAUAUGAAUGAAUUCAAGACUUUGGAUUGUAUACCCACAAAGGUGCCAAAAACAGAAAGAAAGAAAAGAAGGAAAAAAGAAACUGAUUUAGUAGAAGAGCACAAUGGUCACAUCUUUAAGGCCACCCAGUAUAGCAUCCCUACAUACUGUGAGUACUGUUCUUCCCUGAUAUGGAUAAUGGACCGAGCCUCUGUUUGCAAAUUAUGUAAAUAUGCUUGCCAUAAGAAAUGCUGUCUGAAAACCACAGCCAAGUGCUCUAAAAAGUAUGAUCCAGAGCUGUCAUCUCGACAAUUUGGGGUUGAAUUGUCCCGUUUGACCAGCGAAGAACGAACUGUUCCUUUAGUGGUGGAAAAGCUCAUAAACUACAUUGAAAUGCAUGGACUGUACACAGAAGGUAUUUACCGAAAGUCUGGUUCAACUAAUAAAAUCAAGGAGCUCCGACAGGGUCUAGAUACAGAUGCUGAGAAUGUAAACCUGGAUGACUAUAACAUACAUGUCAUUGCAAGUGUAUUCAAACAAUGGCUUCGUGAUUUGCCCAAUCCACUCAUGACCUUUGAGCUCUAUGAGGAAUUUCUUCGAGCUAUGGGCCUUCAGGAGAGGAAAGAAACAAUCCGUGGUGUAUACUCUGUGAUUGACCAGCUCUCUCGAACUCAUCUCAAUACACUGGAACGCCUCAUCUUUCAUCUAGUCAGGAUUGCUCUACAGGAAGAAACUAAUCGAAUGUCUGCUAAUGCUUUAGCCAUUGUGUUCGCACCCUGCAUUCUCCGCUGCCCUGAUACCAUUGACCCACUACAAAGUGUGCAGGACAUCAGUAAGACUACCACCUGUGUGGAGCUGAUUGUUGUGGAACAAAUGAAUAAAUACAAGGCUCGUCUCAAAGACAUCAGUAGCCUGGAAUUUGCUGAGAAUAAGGCAAAGACCAGGCUGUCUCUGAUUCGUAGAUCAAUGGGAAAGGGGCGACUUCGCCGAGGAAACUAUCCAAGUCCAUCCUCUCCUGUUGUAGUUCGGUUGCCCUCUAUGUCUGAUGUGCCAGAAGAGACCUUGACUAGUGAAACAGCUGUGGAGACUGACAUCACAGAACAACAGCAAGCAGCUAUGCAGCAGGAGGAGAGGGUACUGACUGAGCAGAUUGAGAACCUACAGAAAGAGAAGGAGGAGCUAACAUUUGAGAUGCUUGUAUUGGAACCCCGUGCCUCUGAUGAUGAAACCCUGGAGUCUGAGGCCUCCAUUGGGACUGCCGAUAGCUCAGAAAAUUUGAAUAUUGAGUCUGAAGGUGCCAUCUCUGAGAAAUCAGAGAGAAGCUUAGCCCUUAGCUCCCUGAAGGCAGCUGGCAAGUCUGAAUCUUCAAGCAAGUUCCGAAAGCAGCUAAAAAAGCAGGAAGACUCUUUGGAUUCAGUGGACUCUUCAGUCUCUACUUUAUGUUCGUCUAGCACUGCAUCUUCUCAUGGGACCAGAAAACGAUUUCAGAUUUAUUCUAAAUCUCCAUUCUACCGAGCUGCCUCAGCUGGGGAGGUCCUGGGAAUGGAAGGGCCACUGGGCCAGAGCAGAUCCCUGGAAGACAGGCCUCAAUUCAUCAGCAGAGGAACCUUCAACCCUGAAAAGGGCAAACAAAAAUUAAAGAAUGUGAAAAACUCACCUCAGAAAACCAAAGAGACCCCAGAAGGGACAGUCUUGUCUGGCCGAAGGAAAACUGUGGACCCAGACUGCAGCUCCACCCAACAGCUAGCACUCUUUGGAAAUAACGAGUUUAUGGUCUGA